GCCGUGUGCGGGUCCGCUGGGCGUGCGACGAGCGGCCGUGCGGAGCCCGCGGCCUGCGAACAAAGAGCGGCGCGGGGGGAGGGGGGCGGCAGCAUGGCGGACCGCAGCCUGGAGGGCCUGGCGCUGCCCCUGGAGGUGCGGGCGCGCCUGGCCGAGCUGGAGCUCGAGCUGUCGGAAGGUGACAUCACGCAGAAAGGGUAUGAGAAGAAGAGGUCGAAACUGAUCGGUGCCUACCUGCCCCAGCCUCCAAGGGUGGACCAGGCUUUGCCUCCAGAGCGCCGGCCUCCUGUCACUCCUUCCUCUGCCUCUCGCUAUCACCGCCGAAGGUCCUCAGGGUCACGAGAUGAACGCUACCGGUCAGAUGUGCACACAGAAGCUGUCCAGGCAGCACUUGCCAAACACAAAGAGAGGAAGAUGGCAGUGCCCAUGCCAUCCAAGCGCAGAUCCCUGGUGGUACAAACCUCAAUGGAUGCCUACACUCCCCCAGAUACAUCUUCUGGGUCAGAAGAUGAGGGUUCUGUGCAGGGAGACUCCCAGGGCACCCCUACUUCCAGCCAGGGCAGCAUCAACAUGGAGCACUGGAUCAGCCAGGCCAUUCAUGGCUCCACCACCUCUACCACCUCCUCCUCCUCCACCCAGAGUGGGGGCAGCGGCCCUGCCCAUAGGCUGGCCGACGUCAUGGCCCAGACGCACAUUGAAAAUCACUCUGCACCUCCUGAUGUAACCACUUACACCUCAGAACACUCAAUCCAAGUUGAAAGGCCCCAGGGCUCAGCUACAUCAAGAACAGCACCAAAGUACGGCAACGCCGAGCUUAUGGAGACCGGAGAUGGUGUGCCAGUGAGCAGCCGGGUUUCAGCUAAGAUUCAGCAGUUGGUCAACACCCUCAAGCGUCCCAAGCGGCCGCCCUUGCGGGAAUUCUUUGUGGACGACUUUGAAGAAUUAUUGGAAGUUCAACAACCAGAUCCAAAUCAACCCAAGCCAGAAGGAGCUCAGAUGUUGGCGAUGCGUGGAGAGCAGCUGGGAGUGGUCACCAAUUGGCCCCCAUCCUUGGAAGCUGCACUACAGCGAUGGGGGACUAUCUCACCCAAGGCCCCUUGCUUGACCACAAUGGACACAAACGGGAAGCCCCUGUACAUUCUCACCUACGGCAAAUUGUGGACGAGAAGUAUGAAAGUUGCUUACAACAUUCUGCAUAAACUUGGUACAAAGCAGGAGCCCAUGGUGCGGCCUGGAGACAGGGUGGCACUGGUGUUCCCCAACAAUGACCCUGCUGCAUCCAUGGUGGCAUUCUAUGGCUGCCUGCUUGCUGAAGUUGUCCCUGUGCCCAUUGAGGUGCCCCUCACUAGAAAGGACGCAGGAAGCCAGCAGAUUGGGUUCCUACUCGGGAGCUGUGGUGUGACUGUGGCCUUGACUAGUGAUGCUUGCCACAAGGGACUGCCCAAGAGCCAACGGGCGAGAUCCCCGCAGUUCAAAGGUUGGCCUAAGCUGUUGUGGUUUGUCACUGAGUCAAAGCAUCUCUCCAAACCUCCUCGGAUUGGUUUUCCUCACAUUAAAGAUGCCAACAAUGAACGCGCUUACAUCGAGGUAAGACCUUGCAAGGACGGAAGCGUGUUAGGGGUGACUGUGACAAGGAUCGCACUGCUGACCCACUGCCAGGCCCCUCACACAGCAUGCGGCUAUACGGAAGCAGAGUCCAUCGUGAAUGUGCUGGACUUCUCAAGAAGGACGGGGCUAUGGCAUGGCAUCCUGACGAGUGUCAUGAACAUGAUGCAUGUGAUCAGCAUUCCCUACUCACUGAUGAAGGUGAAUCCGCUGUCCUGGAUCCAGAAGGUCUGCCAAUACAAAGCGAAGGUGGCGUGUGUAAAAUCCAGGGACAUGCACUGGGCACUAGUGGCUCACAGGGACCAGAGGGACAUCAAUCUCUCCUCUCUGCGGAUGCUGAUCGUGGCUGAUGGCGCGAACCCUUGGUCUAUUUCUUCCUGCGACGCAUUUCUCAAUGUCUUCCAGAGCAAGGGCCUGCGGCCGGAGGUCAUCUGUCCUUGUGCCAGCUCCCCAGAAGCGCUCACUGUGGCCAUCCGGAGGCCCACAGAUGACAGCAACCAACCUCCAGGCCGCGGCGUACUCUCUAUGCAUGGGCUCACCUAUGGGGUCAUCCGGGUGGACUCAGAGGAGAAGCUUUCUGUGCUCACGGUGCAGGACGUGGGUCUCGUGAUGCCUGGAGCCAUCUUGUGCUCUGUGAAGCCAGACGGGAUCCCCCAACUGUGCAGAACGGAUGAAAUCGGGGAGCUGUGUGUGUGCGCGAUCGCUACAGGCAUGUCAUACUACGGCCUCUCGGGCAUGACCAAGAACACCUUUGAGGUAUUCCCUGUGACAAGCUCUGGUGCCCCAGUCAGCGAGUUUCCCUUCGUAAGGACAGGCCUGCUGGGAUUCGUUGGGCCUGGAGGCCUUGUCUUUGUAGUGGGCAAGAUGGAUGGGCUUAUGGUGGUCAGUGGACGCAGACACAACGCUGAUGACAUCGUGGCCACUGCACUGGCUGUGGAACCCAUGAAAUUUGUCUACCGGGGAAGGUGACCGUGUUUCUCGGUGACUGUCCUGCAUGAUGAGAGGAUAGUGAUUGUGGCUGAGCAGAGGCCUGAUUCCACGGAGGAGGACAGCUUCCAGUGGAUGAGCAGGGUGCUGCAGGCCAUUGAUAGCAUCCACCAAGUCGGGGUUACUGCUUGGCCUUGGUUCCAGGCAAACACCCUCCCCAAAACCCCUCUUGGUGGGAUCCACCUGUCAGAAACGAAGCAGCUAUUCCUGGAGGGCUCACUUCACCCCUGCAAUGUCCUCAUGUGUCCCCACACUUGUGUUACCAACCUCCCCAAACCUCGGCAGAAGCAGCCAGAGAUUGGUCCUGCCUCUGUGAUGGUGGGGAACCUGGUUUCUGGGAAGAGAAUUGCACAGGCUAGUGGCAGGGACCUGGGCCAGAUUGAAGACAAUGACCAGGCCCGGAAGUUCCUGUUCCUCUCAGAAGUCCUGCAAUGGAGAGCACAGACCACCCCUGACCAUGUCCUGUUCACGCUGCUCAACUGUAGGGGCACCAUAGCCAACUCUCUGACCUGUGUCCAGCUUCACAAGCGAGCUGAGAAGAUUGCCGUGAUGCUUAUGGAGAGGGGUCACCUGCAAGAUGGAGACCAUGUGGCUCUUGUUUACCCACCAGGGAUCGAUCUCAUCGCAGCCUUCUAUGGCUGCUUGUAUGCAGGCUGCGUGCCCAUCACCGUUCGCCCGCCUCACCCGCAGAACAUUGCCACUACACUGCCCACCGUGAAGAUGAUCGUGGAGGUGAGUCGCUCUGCCUGUUUGAUGACAACACAGCUCAUCUGUAAAUUGCUACGGUCCAGGGAGGCUGCUGCUGCUGUAGAUAUCAGGGCAUGGCCUCCCAUCCUGGACACAGAUGAUUUGCCAAAGAAGCGGCCGGCUCAGAUCUACAAACCGUCCAACCCAGACACGCUCGCCUAUCUUGAUUUCAGCGUGUCCACCACAGGGAUGCUAGCUGGAGUGAAGAUGUCUCAUGCCGCCACCAGUGCCUUUUGCCGUUCAAUUAAGCUGCAGUGUGAGCUCUACCCCUCUAGAGAAGUGGCCAUCUGUCUGGAUCCUUACUGUGGUCUCGGGUUUGUCCUGUGGUGUCUCUGCAGUGUGUAUUCUGGCCACCAGUCCAUCCUUAUCCCACCAUCAGAGUUGGAAACCAACCCUGCCUUGUGGCUCCUUGCAGUGAGUCAGUACAAAGUCCGGGAUACGUUCUGCUCCUACUCGGUAAUGGAACUCUGCACCAAGGGCCUGGGCUCACAGACGGAAUCCCUUAAGGCACGAGGGCUGGACUUGUCUCGAGUGCGAACGUGUGUUGUGGUUGCAGAAGAGCGGCCCAGGAUAGCUCUCACUCAGUCCUUCUCCAAGCUCUUCAAGGAUCUGGGCCUCCAUCCUCGGGCUGUCAGCACCUCUUUUGGGUGCAGGGUGAACCUGGCCAUCUGCCUGCAGGGAACAUCAGGACCUGACCCCACCACUGUCUAUGUGGACAUGAGAGCCCUCAGGCAUGACAGAGUUCGUCUAGUAGAGAGAGGGUCUCCUCACAGUUUGCCUCUGAUGGAGUCAGGAAAGAUCCUUCCUGGAGUUCGGAUCAUAAUUGCCAAUCCUGAGACAAAAGGUCCCUUGGGAGAUUCACAUCUGGGAGAGAUCUGGGUGCAUAGUGCCCACAAUGCCAGUGGUUACUUCACAAUUUAUGGCGACGAGUCCUUGCAGUCAGACCACUUCAACUCGAGGCUCAGCUUUGGAGACACACAGACAGUGUGGGCCCGAACAGGCUAUUUGGGCUUCCUGCGGAGAACAGAACUCACAGAUGCUAAUGGAGAGCGCCAUGAUGCCCUCUACGUUGUAGGGGCUCUGGAUGAGGCCAUGGAGCUGCGGGGGAUGAGGUACCAUCCCAUAGACAUUGAGACCUCAGUCAUCCGAGCCCACAAGAGCGUCACGGAAUGCGCUGUCUUCACCUGGACCAACCUGCUGGUGGUGGUGGUGGAGCUGGAUGGGUCUGAGCAGGAGGCCCUGGACCUGGUACCUCUGGUGACCAACGUGGUGCUGGAGGAGCACUACCUGGUGGUGGGGGUUGUGGUGGUGGUGGACAUCGGCGUCAUCCCCAUCAACUCCCGUGGUGAGAAGCAGCGAAUGCACCUGCGGGACGGGUUUCUAGCUGACCAGCUUGACCCCAUCUACGUGGCCUACAACAUGUAGUCCUGCCUCUGCUCCUUCGGCCUGUCCAGAGGCCUGUGUGCCGGCACCAGGGGACGUGAGGUGUGCCGGCGAGGAGAUGAGGAGGCAGCAUGGCUUAGACUGUGAGACAUGAAUUAACACUCAAGUUUGCUCAGAAGGACUUCGGGUUUCUGCCUUCAGUUCGUUGGAAAAGCCCAUUUCAGAAACUUCUUUUUCUUUUUUUUUGAUACUGGAUAAGUGCUUUCUUCGUCAACAUGGUAUUUUGUUAAGCCAAAAUAGCAAUUAAAAAAAAUCUGCCCUCCAGAUGGAAUCUUUUCCACAAUUUAUGUAGUGUGACAAAAAUUGUUUUCUCUGUUCUACUGUGUCAUGAAAUCUGAAUGACAUGGACUUGUUACUCAUUUAAGCCAUUGCUAAAUCUCAUCCUUUUAGGAAAGUUUGUUGAGGUACGAGAAAACCGUCCAAACAGCACCUUCCAAUUAGAUUUUAGCAGCUUUCUUCGUGAGAUGUGCUAAAGACAAAGGCUGACUCAGUCUUUGAUGCUAACACAGGAAAACGAGAAGAAAUUAUAAAUAAGGUGUAUUUCGGCAACUAUCUUGCAAAUAUCUUUGUACUAAACUAAAAAGAUAAAAUAAGUUAACUUCUUCCUCUGUAAUUAUGUACAAAACGUUUAAUUUAUUUUGAUCUCUUUAGAAGUAUAAAAGAGAAAAACAUUCAAGAAUAUUAAAGUCUUGUAAUGUUUGCUAAUAUAAAAAAA